GUGAUUUCAAAUCUGGUGCUUUUGCAUCGGCAAUUUCUGAUGCCAUGUAGACUAUGGAGGUGCUAUCAUAAAAUCACCCACAUACUGCAAGUCAAUGCAGUGCCACAACGCUGGCCCUACGGUGCUAAGCUUAAAUGCAAGCGUGCUAAAAUAUCUGAGUUCAAAGCAAAAGUUUUUCGAACAACUGGAAAUGCUUAAAAAUCAGCAGAUUAAAAAUGAUGCAGCUGAGUCAAAGGCUGGGGAAGAACUGUAUCAAACGCAGGAGAAAUCUAAUGUUCGACUCACAUGCGUGAAGAAGGAGAAGUCCCGUGAUGCUGCACGCUCUCGAAGAGGAAAAGAAAAUUUUGAGUUUUAUGAGCUUGCCAAACUACUUCCAGUACCUUCCGAAACCUCAAGUCAGCUCGACAAAGCAUCUAUUGUUCGUCUCACAAUGAGUUAUCUUCAACUGCAGAAGUUCAUGUUGGCUCGGAAGUCCACUGAGCCUGCUAGCAAACCUGAUUACUUUUGUCGUGCCGCUCAACAAUCUUCAUUCAUGGAAAACUGCAUGGGAAGCUUCAUACUGCAAAGCCUUGAUGGUUUCAUAUUCGUGCUGAACAAAGACGGAAGGUUUUUAUUCGUGUCUGACACUGUAUCUAUAUACUUAGGCCUUGCACAGGUUGACUUGAUAGGAACAAGCAUAUUCAACUACACCCACCCUGCAGAUCAUCCUGAACUUGUAGACCACCUAAAGAACAGAUCAAACAGCCACCAUAACAUAACACGCAAUUUCCACUCUUCUGAUAAAAAUGAAGAGUUGGAAGCGGAUACAUCAUCUUGUUCAUUUUUCAUACGAAUGAAAUCCACGCUUACAAGAAGAGGAAGUAAUGUGAAAUCAAUCGGCUACAAGGUUGUUCAUAUGACUGGUUGUCUCAGCAGCAAAAUACACCGCCGUCUUAAAGUCGAAAACGCUUCAAGCGAUGACGAGACCCCAACCAAUCUUGAUGCAAUGCUGGGGCUAACGGGGAUCGCCCAGGUGCUUCCUCCUCCCACGCUUAUUGAUAUAAAAUUAGACCAACCGAUGUUCGUCGUAAGAAUCGACGCUUCACUGCGUGUCAACUACUGCGAAGACAGAAUUGAGCAACUGACAGAUUACACAAUGGACCAAGUAAAAGGACGAACAUUAUAUCACUUCAUUCAUUCAAGUGAUCUUACAAAGAUAAGAAGAUGUCAUGCUGCAAUUCUUGCAAAAGGCCAAGUAGUGACACCGUAUUAUCGGUGGCUGCUGAAAUCUGGUAAACAUCUCUGGUUGCAGUCAUGCGUUACGAUAGUGGUCGACAAACAUCUUUCUUCAGAUGAUGAUAUGUUUAUUUGGAUAAGCUAUGUUCUUGGUGAAGAUAUAUCGUGUGCAACCUCUAACUCAACAACAACAAAAAAUCUUUGUAAAACGAAGCUUGUAAAUGGGAUUUUGGAAAAACUGGAAGAUACUUCUAUGAUUGACAGGAAGCUAAAAAAGGUCCAUUCACUUCCAACCAGAAUGUACAGAAGUGAAUCUAGUGAGAAAUUAAAUAACGAACCAACCAAUCUGUGCAUUAACAGAGCAAAUUCUACAAAGAGAAGUUCCAGUGUCUCAGAUGAUUUGGAAUGCAAGAAACAAAAACCUUCACUCAAAUCCAUGAUCCCUGAACCCACUGAAGCGAAACCAUUAAAAUUAACGAAGCAUGACGACUCCCUUGACUCAAGCUCGAAGCUCUGGUACAAUCCACCCAACCGUGAAAUAACUGACCACAGCGAUUUACCCCCUGGGGUAAAAGUGGGUCACCCGGGAGGUACCCUAAUGACAGUACAGCCCAGCCCCACAGUAGUCCGACACCAUUACCCAUUUGGAAUUGACCCAAACUUGCUGAACUCUAACCCGCUGCUCGCGAAAAUGCUCACAGCAGGUUGUGCUGGUUACGACUCAUUAUUCUCGCAAAGCGACGCUCUAAUCUUCGCAGCUCCGUCAAUGAGUUUCCUUACCCCUGUACUAGCUCCAGUUCCGCAUCUGGUCCCAACGACAAACAUAUGCCCUUCAUCUGUAGCUACUAUAAUCGAAGAGCUCCGAAAAGACCCUCUACGUAAAAAAAGCCCGCCAAACAAAGUCGUCCUACCAAACAAUACCCAAGUCAAAAACUCUCCAAAAGAAAACGAAUCAAUCGCAUCAUCAGCUGGUUGCUCGCAAACCUCUCGAACUAGCUCAUUACAAAACACUGUCCUAUCCCUACCAAACAACACGGUUUUUUUAAGUCCUAUCCCUGGCUACCAACACCACACCACUAACCCCUUAUUACUUGGUUCAAUAAAAUUCCCUCAACAAAUAAACGCGCUAAACUCGCUCUAAAACUUCCCGACAAAGUCCUAACCUCUCAGGAUCCGCCAUUACCUCAUCAGUACAACAUACUGCACACAGAGUGACAAGACCCUUGCUGUAGUAUACUAGCAUGCCCCAUUUGUACUCGUGCAAUUAUAAUUAAAGUUCCAACAUUCUUAAUUUUUCCGCAUAUUUUGCUUUAAAAUGAAGCACCCAAGUUCACAAUGCAACUGAAGGCUCCAAAAUUUUGCUUCCGAAAGUUCCAAUACCUAUUUUCCCACGUAACUACGCUGGUUCAAUUUUCCAAAUGGUGCACUUAAUUUUCUCCAUUAAAACGCCAACAAGGUGUUUUUUCGUCAUUUUUCCUUCUUAUGGUGUUUACAUCAAACAGACCCUUCGUGCUUUAUUUUCAUAUUUUAUUACUUUACGAAAUAUAAAUCAAGCCAGAUAUUUUUCUCAGCUGCGUAGCUCGCCUUGCUUAUAUAGAACAAACAAAGAAAUGUCAUGAUAAUAUGAUUUUGUCCCCAUAUAUAUCACAUGUCUUGUGUAUCGUCUACUAUGUAGUACUGUUGGGGAAGAUGGGACACCUCUAGCACAUAAUAUCCAAAUAUCCCGAUCGUGUUUAAAAUAAUUAACAACGAUUUAUAUCACUCGUGACGAUAAAGUUUUCUAAUUAUUUUUUUUUUUUAAUUUUUUUGUUUACUUUAAAAAAAACGAGCAAAUGAAAUAAAAAGGUGUCCCAUAUUCCCCAACGCUACUAUAUACAAUAUAGUACUUUUGUCUGCUCAUUCACACACAACAAUAGCUUCAGCGGUUCGACUGCAGGCAUCGGUCCUGAAAUUAUACAUAACCCACAAAAACUGCCCCCCCCCCCGUUUUGGUAUAAAUACCCAAAUAAAAUAUUUCUUUGUUUGUUCGAAGCUUAAGCGUUCCGCUCGCAAAAAUCUUUACGCCGAUACAUAAUUACGUGCACAAAUUGCUAGUUUUUAAAAAUUAAAUGCCAGCUUAAUGGGUUAGGCUGGCCUGCCCUGUUCACAUUCACUUUAAAUUGCUUUGUUUUCCUCAUUUUUUCCUAUUGAUUUAUUUGUAUUAACAAAUUGUGUAUAUAGUGUCCGGUUCCCGAAUACCGGUGCUCCAAAUAAACUAACAGUUGCUAUUUGAUUUAAUAUCCAAAGCCGCGAAGUUUAAUGAGUAUAUGUAUCUAAUGAAGCUCUUUCCGCAAAUUCAUUUUUUCCAAGCGUA